AUGUCUGGUGUGAUUCCAAAGUCAUUAGAGGAACUUAAGCAACUAGACUCCUUUAAUGUCUCAUUCAAUAGGUUACACGGGGAAAUUCCGAGUGGAGGGCCUUUUGUUCAUCUUCCCUUCCAAUCUUUCAUGUCGAAUAAAGGAUUAUGCGGUAACCCUCAAAAGCAUGUCCUCCCAUGUCGUUCUAAUUCAAAGAAAAGAAGAUUGAUAUGGAUUUUAGUUGCCUGUUUGGUUAUCUUUGUAGUAGGGGUUGUUUCAUCAAUAGUUUUCAUGUUGAUGAGACGUCGGGGUAAAACAGUCAAUAUUGAAGAUGAGUGGUCACCUGAGAUAGCAGCACAAAGAAUUUCUUACCAUGAACUUCAAAGAGCAACUCAGGGAUUUGAUGGAAAUAACUUGAUAGGUAGUGGAAGUUUUGGUUCUGUUUACAAAGGGACAAUGGCAGAUGGGAUGAUAGUUGCUAUUAAAGUUUUUAAUGUACAGAUGGAAGGUACAUUUCAAACUUUUGAUAUAGAAUGUGAAAUCUUGCGGAAUCUUCGCCACAGAAAUCUCACCAAGAUCAUAAGCAGUUGUUGUAACUUGGAUUUUAAAGCAUUGAUACUUGAGUACAUGCCAAAUGAGAGCUUAGACAAGUUGCUAUAUUCGCGAGAUUAUUGUUUGAAUAUAAUGCAAAGAUUGAAUAUCAUGGUUGAUGUUGCUUCUGCUCUGGAAUAUCUCCAUCAUGGUUACUCAGUACCGGUUGUUCAUUGUGAUCUGAAGCCUAGCAACGUGUUACUUGACAAUGACAUGGUGGGACACCUAACUGACUUUGGCAUCGCCAAACUUUUGACUAAGGAAGAAUCUAUUGCUCACACUACAACCUUUGCCACAAUUGGUUACAUUGCUCCAGAGUAUGGUUCGGAAGGCCUUGUAUCCAAGAGGUCUGAUGUUUAUAGUUAUGGUAUCAUGUUCCUGGAAACCUUUAUAAAGAAGAAACCUAAUGAUGAAAUGUUCGUGGGAGAUUUGAAUUUGAGAAGCUACGUACAUAAUUCGCUUCCUGAUGAGCUGAAUAAUAUCAUAGAUGCCGACUUACUAACACUAGAUGAAGAAAACUUAAGUCAAAAGCUGCAAUGUGUAUCUGCAAUCAUGGAGUUAGCCAUGAAUUGCACAGCUAAUAUUGCAGUUGAAAGGAUGAACAUGACUGAUGUUGUAGCAGCAUUGAAAAAGAUCAAACAGAAGCUUUCUUCAU